CCAUUAAAAAUUAAUGAUAAUUGUGAUUCAAGAAAAGCAUACAACAACAUACCACACUUAAAUUUAAAUCAUAAUAAUAUUAAUAAUGUACAAGAAAAAGAUCAUCUAGUAAAAGAGUGGUUGAAAACUUUAAAGCCAAGUAGUACAAUAAGUUCAACAAGCUUACAAGAGAAAAGCUCAGAUGAUUUGGCUGAUUAUAGUACAGAUUUGAUUAAAACAAAUGCAUAUCUUUCUAUGUCUAAUCUUGACAUUAUAAGUACAGAUAAAACACAUAUUGAUUACAUUUUACCUGAGGACCAAAAUAACACAGAAGAAUGGUUAAAGUUGCAACCUACUAAUAAGCCACUUAGUCCAUGCAUUACCUUAUUGGAGCAAAACGCAGAUAACUUAUAUUUUGGAGACACUAUCGAACAAGAAUGGUUAGAAUUACUUCCUAUGCAGCCAUGUAGUCUUCUCAACUCAAAUAAAGAUAAACAAAUAGAACAUUUAAAUGAGUGUGAUCUGGGUUCAUCAAGUUUUGAUUAUGAUGACACAGACAAAACCUAUGUACCAGUCGAUGCAACAAAUUAUAUUAAUACAGAAAUUAGUAAUGAAAAUACAAAAGAAAAGACGAGGAAAAGACUAAAGAAUGAAGCAAUGUGGAAGAAAAAUAUAACUAAAAAAUUAAAAAAUGAAGGAAAAAAGUACACAAGUUCAAAAAGUAACAAAGAAGUUGCAGAAAAAAAAAUGGGAACUGUAUGCAGUGACAAGUGUAGACUUAAGUGCUCAAAAAUACUAACUGAUAUUCAACGUGCCAACAUUUUUCGGAGAUAUUGGUCACUUGGAAAUUUAAACAGUCAACGGGAAUUUAUAUUGAGGCAUAUUUCUCAAAUUGAUCUCAAAUAUAGAUCUCGUUUAACAAGUAAUAGAUCACUCAAUUAUUAAUAUAGUUUUUCUGCAGACAAUGAAGAUGUUAGAGUAUGCAAGACUAUGUUUAUGUCUACAUUAGCAAUAUCAAGUAGAAUGAUUUUUACCACAAUACAUAAAAAUAAUGAUGGAAUAUUAGAACAAGAUAAACGCGGGAGACAUGGCAAUUAUGGUAAUGCAGUUAAUGAAGAAAUUAAAAAUGGUAUGAGAUUGCACAUAAAAUCCUUCCCAACCACACCAUCUCAUUACUGUCGGGCCAAUUCAUCCAAACAAUUUAUUGAUGGAAGUUUGAACAUUGCCUUGAUGUAUAGACUUUAUGUUGAAAAGUGUAAAUCAGAAAAUAACAGCUAUGGAAAACAAAGUUAUUAUACUACAAUUUUCAACCAAGAAUUCAACAUAUCUUUUCACAGACCAAAAAAAGAUUUAUGUAUGACCUGCGAGUCAUAUAAGAACGCAAAUGAUGAUGAUAAAGUAGUUGAAGAAGACAAAUAUAGGAAACAUCAAGAAGAAAAAACUCUAAGCAGGAAAGAAAGAGAUGCAGAUAUCUUACUUGAUGGCAAUGUGGUUGUAUGUUGUUUUGAUUUGCAAGCUGUACUGAUUUCGCCUCGUGGAGAAGUAUCACAGUUUUAUUACAAGAGGAGGCUUGCAAGUUAUAACUUCACAGUAUUCAAAAAUAAAAGUAAGGAGGGAAUAUGUUAUUUUUGGAAUGAAACAAUAGGGAAAAGAGGUUCUAACGAAAUAGGAUCAUGUUUACUGUUAUUUCUUCAAAAUCAAGAAAAUGAAAAUAAAGAUAUAAUAUUUUAUGCAGACAACUGUGGUGGGCAAAACAAAAACAAAUAUGUAAUUUCCAUGCUUGUAUAUUGUGUCAAGAAACUAAAUAUUAGAUCAGUGACUUUAAAAUUUUUAAUUGUUGGUCAUACACAGAACGAAGGUGACUCCAUGCAUGCACGGAUAGAAGGAGAGGCAAAGCGAAUACUCCAAAGUGGCCCAAUUUAUGAACCUUCACAGUGGGUAUCUGUAAUUAAAUCUGCCAAGAAGAAUGGCAAACCGUAUACUGUUUAUGAGGUUCAAAAGGAUCAAUUUUUUGAUCUAAAAAAAUUGUCAUCAGAUAUUGGUAAUAAUUAUAAAUUAAAUCAGGAUGGAGAAAAUGUAUUAUGGAAUGAAAUAAAAAUGAUAAAAAUUGAAAAGGACAAUCCAACAUUACUAAAAUACAAAACCAGUUACAAAGAUAACGAUUUCAAAAUAAUUGACAUAAGAAGAAAAUGCAGAAAAUCAUUAGUUGAUUUAAAAUUAUUUAACCUUAACUCUGACAUUAAAAUAUCUCUUGAAAAAAAAAAAGAUUUGGUAUCAUUAUGUCAUUCCAAUGCGAUCCCAAAGAACCACUGGUCCUUCUAUGAAACACUAGAAGCUGAAGCAAUAAAUACUGAAGCUGAUGAAAGCGAUUAACCAAACAGUUCAAUUAUAGAAGAAUUGUUUAACAUAUUUUUAACAAAUAUUAAUUUACAGUGAAAUACUUGUUUU